AUGGCGUGGAACCCCCACUCAGUAGGUCAGUUUGCUUCUGCUGAUUGCGAUGGCAAUAUGUAUCUGUGGAACCCAUGUGAAGGUGGAUGGGAACAGUCGAAGAUGGGUAAAAGUCAUGAGGGCAGUAUUGAAGAUAUUAUGUGGAAAAAGGCCGGUACUGGCGCUGCUACUACGAUGGCUACAGCAGGUGUAGAUGGCACUAUACGGUUAUGGGAUAUGGAGGGCUAUUCGGCCAGACCGAGCCUUACCAUAAUUGCUCAUGAUACUGAUGUUAACGUUAUAUCGUGGAAUCCGGAGGUUGGAGAUCUCCUCCUCUCUGGUGCUGAUGAUGGCUCCUUCAAGGUGUGGGAUGUUCGUAAUACUGGACAUGGUCCUAUGGCCAACUUCAAGUGGCAUAGGGAUGCUAUCACGUCGGUGGACUGGCAUCCCUACGAUGAGACCCUCCUGGCUGUGGCAUCGGCCGAUAACACAGUGAGUCUGUGGGAUAUGAGUGUGGAAGCUGAUGAUGAUGAUGAUAAUCAAGGUGGCCAAGGGCAUCUCGAAGGGGAGGAGGACUACCCGGCACAAAUGAUGUUCCUGCAUCAGGGCCAGACUGGGGUAAAGGAGGUCAAGUUCCAUCCUCAACUACCAGGGGUUAUGGUAACCACGGCAUUGGAUGGCUUUAACGUGUUCAAGACGUGUAACAUCGAUUGA